GUAUAUUAAUAUCAUUCUGGAGCAUUAGAGGGGCAUGUCAUUACAGGUGUUUAUCUGAUGUUGUCUCGACAACUGGCACAGGUAAUACUACGUUUAGAUUCUUAGAGGUAAGAGACCCAGAAGGGAGGGAGGGUGACCUCACAUACUUACUACGGCACCAGUCUAGAAUGUGUGUAGCCUAAAAGUGUUGGUUCACCUGAUAGAGAGAAGGAUUGGAGCACACAGCAAUAGGAAUAUUAGGUGAGUGUUUAGUUGACUUGCUGCAUGGCUUGCUGAGUUACACACACAACACACACACAACACACACACACACACAAACCCUGAAACAUCACAGUUUGUGAUUUCCUCAUUCAGUGAUAUUGUUUUCCAUAACUUCCUCAGUGUGCUGUGAUAACAUCACUUGUUACGAGAGUCUCCUUAUCCCUGGCUGAGCUGAGAUGGAAGUGCAUCAGACCAGUUCCACUGGGGGAGAACCCAGAGAAGGAUCAGCAAAGGAUCAUGGGAGAAAGAGUCCAGAGCCAACUGCUGACUUCCUACAAAGAGGAGCUGGUCAGAGCUGCACAGAGUACUCCUGUGUUUCAGAGACCUACAGUGGAUGGCGCUGCCGCUGCCCAGCAGCCCGGCACUGGACUUGAUCGGUAAUGACAGCCUGCAGGACUGGGAAGUGAUUGGUGGAGGGGGAUUUGGACAGAUCCACAAGGCCAGGCAUAUAAAGUGGAGGUUUGAUGUGGCCAUCAAGUUGCUGCAUUAUGAUGAUGGCUCUAGCACUUUCCUGCUUAAGGAGGUAAAAAAUAUGCAGAAGGGAGGGAGCCCCCAUGUGGUGAGGAUUCUGGGGGUGUACCAGGGGUGCCCUCCAUCUCCAAGUAGAGGCCUCUCCAGCCAGCUGGGUAUUGUGAUGGAGUUAAUGAAGAUAGGCUCACUGGCCACCCUCCAGGCCAGCCUCUCUGGCCCCCCACCCUGGCCCCUAGCCUUCCGCCUGGCCCACCAGAUCGCUCUGGGAAUUAACUUCCUUCACAACCUCCCUCAGCCACUUUUGCAUCGCGACCUAAAGCCCAAUAACGUGCUGCUGGAUGACAACCUUAAUGCAAAGCUUACAGAUUUUGGCCUUGCUGAAGUCUCCCAUAGUGUUUUGAAGACGUCCAGAGAGGAGCCUGGGAAGGAAGGAGGCACUCUAAGCUACAUGCCCCCUGAGGCUUUUGAAUCAUCGUAUGAACCAACUCGAGCCACUGACAUCUACAGUUACGGCAUACUGCUGUGGUCCAUCUUCACUGGAAAAGAGCCCUAUUAUGCAGAUAACCCUCAUCUCCAGUCCAGUAUGGUGAGGUUCCGGGUCCCCAUGGGCGACAGGCCUCCUCUGGAGGCAGUGGACAGGGACCAGGCUGGUGGGCUGGGGGAGAUGGUGGACCUCAUGGUGAAUUGCUGGGACCAACAGCCUUCGAAUAGACCCCGUUUCCUGGAUUGCCUCACUGUGACAGAGAGAACAUAUGAGAGGCACAAGCAAUCAAUAAACGACGUUGUCCAUCAAGUGCUCCUUAAACUGGAGGAGGAGAGGAUGAGGAGACAGGAGGAGGAGAGGAUGAGGAGACAGGAGGAAGAGGAGAGAGAGAGACAGGAGGAUGACAGGAUGAGGAGACAGAAGGAGGAGGAGGAGAGAGAGAGACAGAAAACUGGUCUAGCUCAUCUGAGGAUAGUUCUGGUGGGGAAGACUGGAGCAGGGAAGAGCGCAACAGGAAAUACCAUCCUGGGUGGGGAGGGGUUUAAAGAAGACUCCUCCCCUGAGUCUGUGACUGUUCAGUGUGAGAAACAGAGUGGAGAGGUGGAUGGAAGGAAGAUUGAUGUGAUUGACACGCCAGGACUCUUUGACACAUCAGUGACAAUAGAGAAAAUGAAAUGUGAACUAGAACGUUGCUUCUAUAUGUCAGUCCCAGGACCCCAUGUGUUCCUGCUGGUGAUCAGACUGGGGAGGUUCACACCCGAAGAGCAGAACACUGUGAAGUGGAUCCAGGAGAACUUUGGAGAAGAAGCCUCAAAGUACACCAUGGUGCUGUUCACUGGAGGAGACCAGCUGAGAAAAAAAUCUGUUGAGCAGUUUGUAGGAGAAAGUGUUAACCUCCAGAAUCUCAUCAGCAAAUGUGGAGGUGGAUAUCACUCUGUCAUCAAUGACAGUGACAGUAGCGCCAACCCUGACCAAAUCCCAGAGCUGCUGAAGAAGAUAGAGGAGAUGGUGACGAGGAAUGGAGGACAACACUACACCAACGAGAUGUACCAGGAGGUCCAGAGGAAGAUCGAAGAGGAGGAGGAGAGGAAGAGAGAGGAAGAGAGGAAGAAAAAAGAGGAAGAAAUGAAGAAACAAGAGGAGGCGAUCAGGAAACGGGAAGAGGAGGUGAGGAGAGAGGAGGAAAUGAAAAGAGAGGAGGAGUUGAGGAGGAUAGAAGAGGAGAGACAGGAGGAGAGGAGGAAGAUGGAAGAGGAGAGACAGGAGGAGAGGAGGAAGACUGAAGAGGAGACGAGGAAGAUGGAAGAGGAGAGACAGGAGGAGAGGAGGAAGAUGGAAGAGGAGAGGAGGAAGAUGGAAGAGGAGAGGGGGAAGAUGGAAGAGGAGAGGAGGAAGAGGAGCAGGAGAAAUUGGUUCGAGCGGGUUUUAAACCUUUAACCUUGUUCUGGCCAGCACCAUGCUCUAACCCACUGAGCGGAACUGUGUGUACUUUCAUCUUUAUACAAACAUUAACCAGACUUUUAACGUCAUAACAUGACAUAAUCAUACCAAUCUUCAACUUUCCUUUCACAUUAAAUCCCUAUUCUUCAAUAAAUAUAAAAACAUGCUGAUUA